UAGAACUGUCAUAUAAGCCCCAGUGCUGCAUUGAAUACGCGGCUGUUGUUGCCCGUCAACUUCAAUUGACCGAAAUGGCUUACGAGCAGCGUCUGGCGCUCGCCUCCAUAUGGGGCUUUGAGCCUAUCGGUGUUGAAGAAGUUAGUGAAGAAAUCAAGUACCUCGUCUUCUCAACCCGGCCUUUCCUUUGGCUGCCUAAUUGACACCUACUCUAGGAAGGUGACCUGUCAACCAGACUGCCAUAUUGAAUAUAUCAAGCAUGACAAUGCAAGUGAAUCAUCGUAUUUCACUUCUUGGUCGUCUUUGUCGUCUUUGCUGAUGACUCUUACUUAUAAGAUCCUCACCGUCAAAGGUCCCCUCCAUAACCACAUAGCGAAGAUUGCCACUCUUGUCGCCGAUACUAUUGCAGCUCAAGAAUUUAAAGAUCUACUUGAUGCGCCACGUACUUACCGGAUAGAUAUGACCUCUGCUCUCCAAAGUAACGGCAGUCUAGAAGAACUCAACCCAAGCCCUGACGAAAGCUGCGAACUUAUUCCUACCUCCAUCAUCCAUAUCACCAAGCUCUGGCUGUCGCCCAAUGGGGGGCUGGGGUGCUACUCCUUUGAGUCUAAAAGCAUACUCGAUAGCAUCGCCGACCUCACUUCAACCGAGAUCACCAUGCGUGACGAUACAAAGGGAAUCCAAGUCUCGGGCACCAGCGAAGGGGAUGUAGAUGAAGCUCUGGCCAAGCUGACGCGGGUUGAACGGCCCUUGACAUGCAUUCAGCGGCCUAUCAUAGCCAAUAUCCUCGUCACUGCGGAAGAUGAAUGCUCGCGUUAUCGUCUUCAGACUUACAAUACCUUGAACCCAAUUGCUGAGCGUCGAGUCUUAGCAGAUCCGUGUUUGGACCCAAACGCCGCUCCGGGUGAGAUGUAUGUCUCAGUACAAGCCUCGCUCGACCCGGACACACACACGCUGAGAAUGCCGCCGAAUCUGGUGAACCCCCCACAUCUGGCUUACGACCCCGGCAAGUCCCGCAUCUGGAACGACUUCACCUUCCAGCAGCUUGGAAGCGGCGAGCAAUACAAUGCAGUAGUGUCUAUUGCCGAUAGCACCAUUUCGAAAACCGACGCGAUGACCAUGGAAAUCCCAGCGUCACUGCAUCCUUAUUUGACAGCUGAAAAGGCCAAGCAGGUGAACCAAUGGGUCGUUGAAGGAGCUCAAGUAGAAAAAGACAUUCCUGAACGGGAAUCCGUGGUCUUGGAUACCACUCAGCCUCUUCUAGCGGCCCCGACUCCUGCUCUCCAGGCCCUUGUUUCCAAGCCUUCAGCUCCUGGACCAGGCAAUGUAAUUGACGCAAGUGGGCCUCACAGACCGGCCGGUGUGAAAGUGCGCCGGGUCGUUCCAACAAGCUCCAAGCCCAAAUCACAAGUUGCUCCCUCAGUCUCCGAAGCAAGGCCGACUUCUGGCAAAACACCUCCAAUUGCAGAGUCUGAGUCGCCGAACGCUACAACUCCCGGAUUGAAUGGGAACGGCCUAGCGCCUCGAAGACGCUGGGUGAUGCAGUACGAUAUAAAAUAUGGCAACCAGGACUUACAGGAUGUAAAGCCGGCGGAAAAGGCUGGCACCGAGUCUCGGCCCAGAUCCCAAGUGUUGUCCUCGGUGAACAAGUCAACUGCGCCGUCAACAUCCAAGAGUACCAGGUACGAUCUGACGAGGUCGCAUACACAACGAUCUUUCGGCAAACGGAGUACACCUAAUAUUGGUCCAGCAGCAAAUUGGAAGCCUGGCCGUCAAAAUCAGCUGAUUGACAUCAACGUGCCAGUGACGGCUGCUGCCAGUGUUCAAGGCAUCACUUUCAACCAGCCAGCUCUACUCCCAUCAGGAUCGUCACCGUGCGGCACCGAUACCACAGGAUCCGUAGAGAGAGCCAGUAUCGAUCUGUUAGGGCUCAAUCUUGGAACGGAAAACUUUUUGGACUCCAGCAAUUCCGGGUCAUGUCUUGAAGCCGCUCCCUCGCGCAUCAACAAUGCUAUGAGCCAAGUGGGAAGGCUUGAAUUUCUUCGCCAGAGAUACAAUGCGGCAGCAACAGAGGUGCUUCCCACGACAAACGAAGCGACCACUGCCCCGGCCCCCCGCAGUCAAGCAAAUGAGUCGUGGGCUCAAGCUAUGGUCGCCAAUUUGAGAAGGGCAGAUCGCUCGGAAAGAGAGUCCUCCGAUGAAGUGACAUCGAGAGAGUUUCGCAAGACAAGACAUAAGGCUCCGAAGAGCUCUAGUGCUGCUAGAAGCAAAGCAGAAACGAAGGCGAGACGACAAGCAACAUUGGAAGACUCUUGGGGAAUUGGCAAGCCUAAGAAGAAGCCUGUCUGCUCUCCUAAAAGUCAGAAAUCAACAACCAGCUCCAUUGUACAGGUCACAAAUGGGCCGAAGCCUUCAUCAGUGGAAGAUCCGGCGGCUCAGAGACAGGUGAAGCGCCUUUACGAUUCUAUGAUUCCCAUCCUUGACUCGGCGGCAUGUUACCCUGGCGCAAUGUGUCUCGAAAUGCAAUUCGGUUUGAUCUUGGUGCCUCUUCUUCCCAAAACAUACAAUGAGGACUCCAUGAUUGCAGAAACUUGGAAUAAGGUCUUCAGUCCGCAAUCUGGACUUUCUGCACCGACAACCAAGUUCAUCAAGAGACUUACGACCUCGGGCGCCGACAUUGACCACAUGGUGGACAUUCGAACUUCCAAGGCUGAUGGCAAGCAUCGUCUAUUUGAGCAGGAAUACACUGACUACGGUGUCUCUUACGAAUAUCACUUUCGCACCCGGGCCAACCAGAUUUUCAUAGUAGUCAUCAAUGAAAAUGGGGGUUGCAGCGUUCGAGAGCCAGGGAAGGCACUUGGUGCAGUGAACUUUCAUUUUCCGGGCAACACAUGGGAUGCCAAUCUAUCUGUCAAGAAAGUGACGGGAUUCGUUGGUGAUAUCAAUCCGGAGUUUGAGCAGAUCGCCCAAGACCUCGUCAAGAGCAUGUGGAUUGAGCCGGAUCGCACUCUCAUCCGCAUCUACACACGUCUGCCCAGUGACGUCGACAACAAGGUCACCCUAGAGAAUGUGUACAUGAAACGCUGGACUCGUCACCGUCAUCUGCAGUGCGAUGAGGAGGCUUCAGCAACAUCGGAUACUCGUCCUAGCCAAAAGCCUAGCGAGGAUGAUAUCAACGCGACAUCGCACAUAUUCUUGCAAGUCACCGAAGUGCAAGACUUAAUCCAUGGAAAGCACGUCACUGACCCAACUAUCAGGCGGGCCCGUGCGACCGCGCCUGCGGACAUGGUGAGCAACGGUCAACUGUGGUAUGAAGCAUCACUAGUCAGUCCGGCGAUUGAUGCUCUUCUCAACUCCAAUACCGACCUCGAAGUGGGCGAGCGGUCAUCCGAUUGGCGGGGAAUCGACCUGUUCGGCCGUCAUGCUGCUGCUCUGCUGCGCGAGAUCAAUGUAAGUGCAGAUGCGGAUGCCGAUGCAAUCGGGACUGAGAUGGAGACCCCCAGCCCCGUCGCCAAAGCGAUCGGUCACGCCGGUCUGGGCGAUAUAUUUCUUCUAGCUAAGACGGUGAUCCAGCGCAUCGACGCCGUGGGAUACUGGAAUGCUCGGCCCGGGAUAGACUUGGCUGCUGAGCAUACUACUACAGCAACUUCAUUGCGCAGCUGUGCUCAGCCACGCGGUGUUGUAGGUUUGUCGCUUGGUAAUGACUCGCACAGCGAUGAUACUAUAAGUGCUCGCGUGGACUCGAGAGGCGUGGUUCAGUACCCGGCGCAGGUUGAUGUCUUCUCGCCCGAGGAGUUCUGGUAGUUCAUUUUCUCCAUCUCGUUUUCGGUAGUUUGCUCGGGGUAGAGGCUUCGUAGACGGAAAGGAGAGUAAGAUAGUUUGGCGCUGAUGCGCUGUGACGAGAAUGUGAUGAUCUGUUGGGGACGUAGUUUGAGGGUACAAGAUUGCUUUGGGGGAUGACGGGGGUGGAGGGAAUGGCAGUUGGCAGUAGGGCUUGUGAAGGCAGAACAGGGUCAGGGAUAGUCCAUAGUUCAUACUUCAUAAUUCAAUUCCAG